UAAAGCAUCGUGUCAAAGUGCGAGCUCCCGCUCGCGAUAAAAAAAACAUUGAGUUUUCAAUCCAAAUAAAUCACGCGAACGGAGUGAUAAACAGAGGGGAAAAAUCUUUAACGCUUUGGAAUUGUUGAAAAAAAAAAAAAGAGUUGCAGUCAAUCCCUGUGUAGUGAUACGGAUCCCCAAUGGCUCCACAAAAAACAUCAGUUUCUGCGCGAUGCGCGUGGCGCUCUGCGCCGCAUAAUCUUGCGUAUCAGUGACCGUCAGUCAAUCGUAGAGUCAGUCGUGUUUUCCCUCUAAAAAAAUAAAUAAAUAAAGGAGUGAGUACAUUGUGGUGAACGAAUUUGUGUUAUUCAGUGUCAAUGGGUGUUGGGUAAUAUCUGUAAAACUGAGAAUCAUCGGUUUUGAGAAAUAAACAAACGUGGAGAGUCUGUGGAAUAAGUGAGUACAUGGGGGAACUACGGGUUUGGAGGCAAAUGUUUACCAUGAAAUUUGGGGCGACAUGGUUAUUCGUCGGUGGAGUGAUUUAUCAGUGAAAAUGUCACAGUGUAAACAUUUCGGGUUGUUUUACCCUGAGUGAUUGUUGGAACAAAGGGGUAGUGCAAGUGACGUGGGGAAACGGGGUUCUGGCUUUUCUGGUUGAUUCGGAGUAUUCGUUACACUUUGUUUCCACGAUUGUCGGAAUUUUCAUCGAUACGAGGGGAGCAAUAUUUUGGAGCUCGGGCGGGUGGAAGUUGAGUGAGAAAAAUAAAGAGGUGGAAGGUGGCGAGGAAAAAAAACACGGUGUGUGCAGUGGGGAGGAGGUAUCGGUCUCACGAGCAGUGGUGGUUUUUUGGUGUGACUUUUUCGAGUUGAAUGAAUAAUUAACCUCACCCGGUGAAUAAUUGAGCUGCUGUGACGACAGAAAGUUGAAUAUUUAGGGAUAAUUUCAGGUGUUGAGGGGAAUUGAUUUGGCUCUUGUUGGCGAAUUAUCUUUUUUUUUGGGAAAAUAUUUUUGGUCUGUAUCUUGUGCGGUGGCCAUCAUGGCGAACCCACGGAAAUUCAGUGAAAAGAUCGCCCUCCUCAACCAGAAACAGGCAGAGGAGACGGCUGCUUUUGAAGCUAUUAUGCGUGAGGUUUCGGAUGUCACGAGUCGGGUGGCGUCAGCAAGCAGUUCAGUUGGUACGAGUCCUACUGGCACUGGUGGUGUCCCAGAGACUCUGUCCGUCAAGAGUGCUGGUGCUAGUCCACCCCAGUCUAGUGGCAGUAAACAUCUUCACAUUAACCUGGGAAAUCAGUACACGGGUGGAGGAUCUCUGCCAAAUGUUAACAACACUGUUACAAAGAGAGCACCUACGAAAGAUCCUUCUCCAAACUCUGCUGCUAUUCACUCUAUCGAUCUUAAGACGGCACUAAGUAAUCUAGAAGAAAUGCAACACAAUCCAAUGCUGUACAGGAGUAAUGAACGUGGUCGGAGUAUGCACGGUGUUGGGCCAAUGAGAUCACGACCGAUGGAAAAAAGAUACGAUACAUCACCCUAUAGUGGUACAUACCUGUCACCCCCACUGCCAGACACAUGGAGAAGAACGAAUUCGGAUUCAGCGUUACAUCAGAGUGCCAAUGAGGCCUGCCAGGCCACCUCACCAAUUCCUCAUCGCAGAGGUAGCGAUGCAUAUCAACAUGCGAUGGGCAACACCUCUGGGGACAACAGGGAUGGCCAUCAUGGGUUUAUCGAACGACCAAGAUCUUCCUGUGAGAUGCCUCGAGUGCCCGGAAUACACAUAUAUCCAAGCUCACAACCGCCAGGUCCCCAGACGCCAAUCGGUAAUAAUACGGGUUCUCUGCCAGAUCUGAGCAACGUUCACUUCCCAUCACCACUUCACACACCACUGGAUCAAGAGGAUCACUCGAGUAGUACGCAGUAUAGCAACAACCAUUUAUCAGUGCCUGUUAACUCUAGGUUCCUCCAUACAUGUAAGGGUGUGGCAUUGGAGAAUAGCACAAGCACUUCGCAACAGGAUCUACAGUCCUACGGGCAAACGUCCGCUCAACCACCCCCUUCUGCGUCACACAGUCCUGCUCACCAUUACAUUUAUCAACAGCCACACAGUCCAGUGCCACCACAAAGUCCCAAAACAUCACAACCUCAACAUCAACAACAGCUCAAUUCCCUCGUUUCGUACAGGACAAACCAGCCAGUGAGACCCUCCCCGCAGUCAUCACCUGGAUUGACAGUUCAAGGGAGCCCUCUGAGCUACAGUAACAAUCCAUCGGCACCACCGAGUCCCACAGGCCAUCCAGGACCACCGAGCCUCACGUCAGACAGCAUAGACCAGAACAGCUACUUCAUUAAUCAGGCACAGGCUGCUGCACUCCAGCAGACGUUUGAGCAGUUUAAUAUGGGAGUGGAAGUGGACUGGGCCCAAGUGGUGCAGCAGCUCGUGGAGUCCGGUUGGACCUCGCAGAUGGACUCAACGGUGGAUCCCAACAGCAUUAGUUCGUACAUUGGCUCGACGAACGACACGUCAAGCUACAGUCAGAAUGAUAUGAUUAAUGUGGGAGGGGAAUUGAGUAGCAGCGACGGGGGAUACUACAGUACGAGUCCUCAGAUGGCAUAUCAACCGAGGACACCAACUACGACGCAACAGCUGACGCCUCAGACACCGAAUACACCUACUAUUAUACUGACAGAUUUUUCGGGAACAGAUGACCUAACGAGCCCAGAGUUUGCCAAGGACUUGGGCUCAUCGAUGUCGGGUGAGUUUGAUCCGGACUUAUUUACAUCGGACGACGCUCUAAGACAGGGUCUCGGCCCCAUUGACCUGGACGGUCUACAGAUGCUCACCGAUCCUGAUAUGGUGAUAUCAGACGCCAAUGCCGAAGAUCACUUUAGGCUAGAUCGUCUUUAAAUAAUUAUUUUUAUUUAGCUAGAGAGAUAAUCAUUUGCAAAGCAUUUUUCCAAUUCCAGAAGCAUGAAAUAACGUUUAUGAGAUAAUUGAAAUUAUCGUCGACUCAUAUGUGGGUUCAAUUCACCCCCUCCAUGUUUUUCUCCCCUAGGAGUAAUUGUUAUUUUAUCCUGGUGUCGUGGGAUUUUAAUUUGAAACGAGUACAAUUUGAUUGACGUUAUUCGAUAAUGCAUCGAGUAAAUCUAUUCAGUCUAUUUUUGACAAAUUUCUGUGAUUGAUUUCUAUGGGGAGAUUGAGUUAUUUAUGGUCUGAUUUGUUUCUGGAUAUAUCUACUGGUGGGGCAGUCAACAGAAUUGGGUACCAACUGGUCUUUUCGAAGGUUCGGGGGAUUUAUAUUAUUUUAUAGGGGGACGUGCAGCAGACUGAUUUAUUUCAACUGUCGCUUUUCAAUUGCUCAAUAAUUUUGACUUACAGAGAAGGUUUAAUGAUAUUUUAGGGUGUUUGGGCAUUGAAGUACUUCAAUACUUUCGAAAAUUACAAAUUGUUAUAAAUGAAUGAAUUGUCAAGGAAUUCGAUUGGAAUUUGAUUUGGAAUUGUUUUUUCUCAAUUCAGUAACCGUUUCAUAAUUUGAAAUUUAACGUGAUUUUUUUUAUAAAAGAGUAGAGAAAAGCUUGAAAUUUUGUAAACAAUUUUUUCAUGUUACAUAAAUAUUUUGGUAUUAUUUACCAAAUAUUAAAAAUAUUGUGUGAAAUUUUUUCACGUGGUAGAAGGGAUUAUGAAGCCUCCGAAUUUCGGUCAACUUUGGCAAACAAAAGCUCGAGAUACGAUAAAAUUUUAGGUUUAUCCUUAAACCAGCCCCUUAUAAAACAAUUUUGGUUGUAGAUAACGAUUGAAAUCAAUUUUUUUACAUUAAACGUAUAAAAAUGAAGAAAUUUAUCGACACCUAAAAGUCAAUAAUCAUCCGUUAGUUAAACAAAUUCCAUUAUUUAUUCAUGAGAAAACAAUGUUUACAAAAGGACUGUGUUGCAAAAUAUAAUUUAAAUGGUACUGAUUAGCAUUUAAUUAAUUCAAACUUCCUUGAAACAGUUUAGUUGCAGAAUUCGCAAACUGAAAUGUCAAUUAAAAGUUGAUAAACUUAAUUAAAAAUUGUGUUGACUAAUCGUUUUAUCAUAACUCAAUAUCUGAGUUUAUUGAUGAUAUUUUUUUUAAUGAAUUAAUUAAACAUAAAUUUCAUGAAAUUUAAAAAAUUCAAACUUUAUUCGUUUGAAACGUAAAAAUAAUAAUUUACAAACAUUCAAGCCUUGUUUUCACCUUGAAAAUGAAGUUAAAAUAAAGUUUCCAUGUGAGAGUCACAGCUAAAUUCCGUAAAUUAUAACUAUAUUAUUUAGCUUAAUGCCCAUACAUCUGUAAAUAUGUAGUACCAUGAUGUAUUAGUCAGAAGGAUCUCUAAACUCCACUCCUCAUUCAAUUCAAUCACAGAAAUAAUCAAUUCGUGUAUUUUUUUGUGCCUCCGUUGGAAAAUUUUUCAACUCUAAAACUAGUUAUUUGAUUAGUUAACGAUUCAAUUGUUUAGAAUCAUUGAAAUUUCAUCGUCGUUUUAAGAAAAUUUAUCAAUUCUUUUUUAUUUUAUACUACUUUGUACAUUGUAUCAUAAUAUGAUCUCUAUAAAUGCACAAAAGAGUGAAAUUAAUAAGAGUAAAGAAAUAGUGAAUGACAAAGUGUAAGGGAAAACAUUGAGAGUCAAAACAUUUAAUUAAUCCAUUAAACUCAACUUUCUCAUAGGUAUGAAUAAGUGACUGGAAACUGUAGAUAAAGAUUUUCUUUUCUCAAAUUUUACAUUUUUCCUCUGUUUCAUAUAUUGUUUUGUGAUCGUCGGCUUUUUUUUAUCGAAAAGGAAGAGAUUUAUAUAUCGUGAUUCGCCUCGAGGCAUUCGAGUGUAUAGAUAUACAGAGACAAGUUAAAUAUAUAUAACCGUUUGAAGGAAAAGGACUGAUGUUGAGAGAAACAUAAGAUGAAUUCAUUCGACCAUUGAAUUUGCGCCCGAAGGAACACGUUUCAUAGUCAAUACUUUUUGAAAAAUUAUUUUUCUUUCUUUUACUUUCCCUUUGUACUCUACUCGUUAAUGUAUCACACAGAAAUCUGGUUCUUUUGCGUCUGAGAUAUUUCAGUUGUUCCUUUAAAUACUCUGUGGACAAUAUAUUUCAUUGUUAUUUAAAAUUGCAAUUGUUUUUUAAUUACGAAAUUGACGAGUUGAUUCUUUCGUUCAGUGAAAUGAGGAGAUGAGAUAGGAGGAUUAAACAAUUACGUCACGUUUUUUUUCAUUUUGGACCCAUUCCAUUGAGUAGCGAUGAUACAGGCCUUCGGCACGCUGUGAUAAUUACUUGUUGUUAUCUGCAUAUCAUUUCAAUCUUCUUACAAUUUUAACAGCUGACGUUAAUGAGAGAGUUUAUAACGAGAAUAUCAGUGGAGAGUCAAGGUAGACUCAUUUAGAAAAUUGGGACCCAUAGAGAUGAAAUUGCUAAUCAGCUUUUCAUUAGGUAAUCUUCUUUGUUUUGUACUUACCUGACUGAAAGAGCAGGGGAAAACCAUCGAGACGAUUCGAUAAUUUAAUUUCAAUUUUUUUCGUUACAAAAUCAAUAAUUAAUUUUCUCUUGUGUGAUGUUUGUUGAACCCACAAGCUUUUGUAAAAAUUCGCUGUGAAUUUAUGGGGAUAAUUAUGGAAUGAGGAAGAUUAGAGACUUCAAUGGAAUGAUAAAGGUCAUGGGGAACAAUGAGGCAAAAUAACAAAGAAAAAUUGAAUCAUAAUUAAUAUAAAUUUGUGGCACGUAUUGAUGCUCUCGCCUGUACCCUCCGCGAUUGUCAAUUGAUUUUUUGAAAGUAAUACUGUACUUUAUACACAUUUGAAUAGUUGUUAAUGAAAUAAUUGUCGGUGAGUUGAAUGAGUCCUUUUGGAAGAAAAAGGCCAGAGUGGAUUUUACGAAGAAAAGAAUGUUUUUAUCUACAAAAUCUCGUAAUAUCUUGGAAUAUAAUUCAAAUGGGGGAAAAGAAAAAUUAUGAAAUUUCAUGAUCUAUCGUUAAGGAAAUUUGAUACAAGUGUAAGUGCGUGGAUGAAUUUGCCUGUUGAGAGAUUAAUUCGGGAGUUCAAUUGGAUAAUUCGUUUGAUUUGUGAAGUCAGUUGAUUCAUUUUUCUCUUCCCUUAAUCUCAUUGUGAAUUCUGCUGAGAGCAGUUGACAAUUGAAAGACUAAAACUGAAAGACAAGAGGGAAAAUUGAGGAAAAAUGGUAAUAGUUCUGGGAGAGGAGAAGUUUCCAGUUGUUUUAAUUGAAUUCUCAGUGUUUGGAAGUGGUGCCAAAAACAAAGAGGUCUGCGAAUUUAGGAGGGAUUGGGAGGUAAUGUGGUAUUUUAUUCACUUACAUUUGAAUUUUUGUUCAGCCAGCACAAGUGUUUAGUACUUAAACAAUUGGAGGAUGAGGUAAAGGGAGGAGUCUUGACUGAUUACGGGUCUAAAUAUUACGCAACCGUUAUAUAACGGUAGAAAAUAUUAUGCAAUAAUCUUAACAGACAAAAUAUUGAGGGCAGAAUUAUUAUGAAAUAAAAUAUUAUUAACUCAUUGAACGAUGAACGUCUACAAUCAUCUACGUAUGAGGAGAAUCGGGGAAUUAAGAGUCCGUCAGUGUAUUAGUGAACUUUGAGGCAUUCCGUACUAUUUCAGUCUGUUUUUUUUUAUUUCGAUGAAAAUUUAAUAUGAUGUAGAAUAUGUGUUCCAAGCACGCCUUGAAAUGUUAUUAAAAAAGUUAAAAAAUUGUUGUCAUUGAAAUUAAAUUGAUAUUCGAUAAAUAUCAAUUUUAUCAAAAAAGUACAAGUGAACUUUUUUUAUUCAAAACAUGUGUAAGUUUCGGGGAAAAAUCCACAGAAUUUUGUAAUUUGUUUGUUUGUAAUUUUCUCCCCGAAACUAUCACCUGUUUUAAAUAAAAAAAGUUGUCUUGCACUUUAAUCAAAUUCAUUAAUAAUAUUAUCAUCAUUAAUAAUAAUAUUAUUAGUAAUAUUCUUAUAAUGAAAAAACCCAAUAAUAAUUAUAUCCGGUAACAAUUUUGAUCGUUAUAUUAUUCACCGUAAUAUUUUGGUGUAGUAUUUAGACCGAAUACCGUCUUGACCAGGCACAUAAGAAUGAGAUUCGAAGUGGGAGCUAGAAUGUGUGAUGCUAAUGAACCGAAACACUAGUCUUUAUUGCCUUUUUUGCAAUGAAUUUUGUUCAAAGUGGAAUCAGGAGAUAAAGGUAACUGUAUUUACUCAAUUUAUUCUUUAUUUUCAUAAAUCCAUUCGGAAUAAUGAAUUUUUUACGAAUUUUUUCACUUAUCUCCUCAUGCCACGGAAUGGCCAGAAAUAAUGUUGUUGAAGAAUUAUUGUUUUUACAAUGAAGAAGACAAAUUAGAGUGAAUAAUGAGGGUAAAAAGGACGUGGAGAUCAUGAGAAUGAAAUGAGGAAAAGAAAAAGUCUUUAUUAUCUGUUAUUUGUUUCAUCAUUUUAUGAAUAGAGAGUGCGGGAACAGGGAGACAGGAAAUUAUUGUAAUUAUUUGUAAAUAGUCAACGUUACGUGUGAAUGAAACAGUCAGAAUUUUUAGAUGAAUCCAGAGAAAUCCUCUUAAUGAAGGAUAAUCGCUGAAAAUUAUGUCCCGAAUGAUCAUGAAUGAAUAACAUUUAACCAGACAUCGAUUUUCAUAGUCAAACAGCAUAAAAUGACGAACCAAAAAGAUGCGGAAGAAACGUAGAAGAAAAAAAUCCAAGUACUAAACAAUUUUUCUUCCCAAUUUGUCCACUAAAAAAAUGCAUGGUGAAAUCACAUUAAAGUCAUUUUAAAUAAAGCCUUGAUGACGAUAACUGAAAAAUUAAUAAUUCAAUUCAAUAAAUUUAAUAAAUAAAAUUCCAAUGUCGUUCACGCGCGAAUCCAAGUAAUCUUGUAUCAAUGAGAAUAAUAAAAAUAUAUUUAAAGAAUUCGCAGUAAUGAGAGAAAAUGAGAGGUGACUUUUUCAAAUUUUUCUUACAUUCUGAUAUUCAAUGUUGACGUCAUUAGAUUUUAAUAAUUAAAAACGAGCAUUCAAUAAUUCAAGCGAUAAUAAUCUCGAAUUUUUUUCAUUGGCCAGAGCAUGUUCUCUAUAAUAAAAACAAAAGAUAAAAAUGAAAAUAAUUAAUUGAGAAAUGAAACAAACGGACUUGCUGUAUCGAUGGAAAUUUUUCGUGAAAUUUCGGUAACGAAUGGUAAAUGGAAAAGUGUAUAUCCAUCUCGAUAAUAGCUCUCUAAUAAUUAUCCGUCUCUUUUCAAUUCCCCCCUCCUCCACCCUUUAUACAAGUGAAAAAACUAAUACAAAAAUACAAAUUAAAUGAAUAAACAAGAAGAUAAAAACGUUGUAAAUAAUAUUCCUCUCACGCAUUGUGUAAUAUAAUAGUUUAUACAUUUAUUAGACUAACUGUAACGCUCGAAUUGGGGGAGAAUGACGAGAAGCGAGUUUAAAAAUGAAUAAUAUUAAAGUACGACAAUUGUAAAUGCGCACAAAUUACUGAGAAAAUAUUGAGAAAAAUAUGAGAGAAGUGAUAGUGUCAAAUGAGAGAAUAAUAAUUGGGAAAAAGGUGAAUAACCUUCAUGUAUAUCUCAUUAAAAUCGAUAGAGAAAUAAAAUGAAAAUGGGUAUGUGCAAUGUGAAUGGUCGUUCUACUGUGCCAUGGAUGAGAGAGAAACAGCACACUAAAUGUUAAAGGGAAAUAGAGUAAACUGAGAGCGAUGAAAAAUGAAUAAAUUGAAUAAUAAAUUGAACAAAGACAAAAAAUAGGACACCAGAAUGGAAACUCUUUAUCCGCUUUGUUUUCAUCCAAUUGUCAUAAUUUUUAUCCUCUUUUUUUCUAAGAGAAGAAAAACAAAUCGUUCUACCGCAUAAUGAAAAGUUUAAUGAAUAGUUAAUCGGACAUUUUUUAGAGUUUAAGGAGAAGUUAGAAGGGGAAGAGAAUAAAAAUCCAAUGUUUUUUAGAAAAUUUUGUAAAUAAUCAGGCUCUAUUAAAUUGUCGUUAAAUAUCAAAAGAA